AGUUGGAAAUAACAUAAUAUAAGUUGAUGUAAUCAAAAAUAAGAAUUGUUGAAAAAAUCAAAAGUAAUAGUUAAGCAAAUUAUAACCAAGACUUAUUUAGCCUAGUGAAUUGUAAUAUUUCCGUCAUUGCGUUAGCAUCUAGAUUUAUACAACACAAUUCAUGUUUUUUUUUUUAAAUACUAGUUAUCUUGUGACACUUGCAUAGUUAACAACCUAAAGACUAAUUACAUGUGUUAUAGAAUUAAAUAUCAUUUAAACGUACAAAUUGCCGACAAAAAACGUCCAAAUUAGUGAAUAGUCAUCACAUUGUGAAUUUCUUGUUUGAUUGAUAUUACUUUAAAAUUUUCUGUUAGCUAUUCUGCAAUAAUCAUAACUCAUAAUUUAGAUGUGACACCUACUCUUUUUGUUAUAGCACGAAAGAAAAUUUCACAAAAUUUCAUGAUUUAAACUAAUUCACAACUUAUAAACAAAUUUAGUCCCAACUCCCAACUCUGAUAUAAUCUUUUUAUGUUUUCUCUCUCAAAAUCUCACCUCUUUCUCUCUCUAUCUAUCAUUCCUUCAAUGGAGCUUCUUCAUUCUGCAACAUUUCCAAGUAAACAAAAGCUACUCAUCGUAGUGACAGUUGCCAUAACUCUCUUCACCAUCAUCCCUCUUCUCUACCCUUUUCUUGAAGACCCUAACUUCUUCCUCAAGCAACAACCUCCAAGCCAAAGCAGCAUCAUCAAGCUCGAAAACGGCGUUGUAACAUCACAUGAGAGCUGCGACAUAUUCUCGGGAGAAUGGGUUCCUAACCCUGAGGCACCUUACUACACCAACACGACGUGCUGGGCGAUACACGAACACCAAAACUGCAUGAAGUUUGGAAGACCCGACACGGAUUUCAUCAAGUGGAAAUGGAAACCUUAUGGGUGCGAAGAUGGCUUGCCAGUUUUUGACCCGUUUAGGUUUCUUGAGAUCGUGAGAGGUAAAACCAUGGCGUUUGUUGGUGACUCAGUUAGCAGAAACCACAUGCAGUCUUUGAUCUGCCUUCUCUCUCAGGUUGAGUAUCCGAUGGAUGCUUCCGUUAAGGAUGACGAUUAUUUCAAACGAUGGACAUACGAAACAUACAACUUCACGAUCGCCGCAUUUUGGACACCACACUUGGUAAAGUCCAAAGAACCCGACCAGACCCAGACCGAGCAUACUGAUAUUUUCGACCUAUACCUCGACGAGGCAGACGAGAGUUGGACAGCCGAUAUAGGAGAUUUUGACUACGUGAUUAUCUCAUCUGGUCACUGGCAUUACCGGCCAUCAGUCUACUACGAAAACCGGACAAUCACCGGUUGCCAUUAUUGCCAAUUACCGAACAUAACCGAUCUCACAAUGUUUUACGGGUAUAGAAAAGCGUUUAGAACCGCGUUUAAAGCGAUCUUGGACUCGGAAAGCUUCAAAGGGGUAAUGUACUUACGAAGUUUUGCACCAUCGCAUUUUGAGGGCGGGUUAUGGAACGAAGGAGGAAAUUGUUUGAGGAAACAACCUUAUAAGAGUAACGAGAGUCAAGACGAAACGACAAUGAAGCUACACAUGAUUCAGUUGGAAGAAUUUUGGAGAGCUGAAGAAGAAGCGAAGAAGAAAGGGAAGAGGUUAAGACUACUAGAUACGACCCAAGCAAUGUGGCUUAGACCCGAUGGUCACCCAAGCCGCUAUGGCCAUAUGCCAGAGGCCAAUGUCAUGUUGUACAACGACUGUGUUCACUGGUGCUUGCCCGGUCCUAUCGACAACCUCAAUGACUUCUUGCUCGCUAUGCUAAAGAGAGAAGAAGACAAAGGAUUACUGGCUCAAGUUCGGAAAAUGCUGUCCUAAUGACCUAGCCAAAUCAAGUUUAUUUAUUUAAUUUAAAGAAAUGGUCAAAUGUUGUGCCUAGUUAUUGGAUGACCACGAGCUCACCAUUAUAUACAUACAUAUUUAUGAUUA